AUGACAUUUGGUCUGGCAUGUUGUGCUGUUGAAAUGAUGCACUUUGCUGCUCCAAGGUAGGGUUUCAAUGUCAUACAUGUACAUGUAGAUGUAUGUGCAAAAUAGCAAAGCAUGGACCACUGAUUCAUACUCAUACUUUUUUUAAAACCUGUAACAAGACAACUGUUUUGUCUCUCACAAGAAUAUUGUGUCUUGAGAUGAGUCACAACUGGCCAGAGUGGUAGUGUACUUUUGAAUGCUACUGUAAGCUCACUUCAGUUUUGCAGUUUGUUUCAAAUUCCUAAGGAUGAGAAAAUUAGUUUUUCAUUUAAGAUAAUUAUUGAACUGAUAGGAUCAAUCUCCAACCAAAUUUCUCAAGUUAUUUUAAUUCUUCUCACCUUCGGGAUUGUUCCAUAAGAAGAAUUCACCAAUAUGUUUAUGUGUUUCAGUUUUUUCUCUUUGUUUUCAGGUAUGACAUGGAUAGGUUUGGUGUCGUUUUCCGAGCAAGUCCAGUAAGUAUUUUAAAGUUCAUACACAUGGGGUUCUCAAUUAGAUCUUAAUAAAUGAAUAAAGAUUAAAACUUACUUUAUGGUUGGGUGGUUUUUCUUUUAGCAGCCAUUUUGAAUUUUGCAGACAGCUUGUGCAAGGUCUGGGAGGCCUCAAAAUCCUCGGAAGAUAUGCUUGCUUGCCAUACUAAGAAGCUUCCAAAGAUUUUUGGGAAUAUCCAACUAUCCCGGGCGCCCAAGAUUGCUUGGUCCCAGAACUCACACCAGCUGACUGCAAAUUCAAAAUGGCCGCCAGAAGAAAACAUGCCCACACUUCCCCACACAUUGAGACGAAAGUAAUCUUUAAUCAUUUAUUGUAAUCUAAUUGGACCUGAGAACCCCCUGUGGUCACACACUUUCUCAAGAGAAUAAGCAUUUAGAUGAUAAGACAGAGGAAGUUUGUUGAAACAUUAUUUAGACUUAAAGACUUAAAAGACGUAAAAGUCUUUUUCUGAUACUCUUAGCCCCAUAUAUAACCUUCAUCGCGAGAAGUAAAAGCAUCACUGAUUAUAAGAUUAGUUUUAUUUGAAAGAGCUUUUACUGCUGUCUGUGAUAUCAUACAGUUACUUGCACCUAGCGUGUUUUUUAAUAGAUCUAAUGCUUUUGAUGUUUUUCUGCUUUGUUCAGCGUCAAGCUGAUGUAAUGAUUGUUGCUGGAACGUUGACCAACAAGAUGGCUCCAGCUCUGAGAAAGGUACAACAAAGGCAUUAUGUUGUUGUGAUUAUUCUAACAACAGUUUGCCCAGGGGCAAACAUAACAUACUUUUGGAGUUAAAGCCCUCUUGAUAGAUGGACAGCUAAAUCGGCUAGUUACUGGGGGCUGUUUCUGAGGAUCAUCCCUGUACAAUAAAACAGGCCAGCUCCUAUGACAGGCAGUUUUUCUGCUUUGUUAGGGGAUCUGAGAUGGUUGCCACAGGUCAGGAAAUAGUCUGGGAAUUUCACUUCACGCCAGGGAAAAGUUAAUCUUUGAAAGAAGACAGGGAAAAGUAAAAUUUUGAGAGUAUAUAUUUAUUCUUUUCCUUCUACUUUACUGUUUUCUAACAUUAAAAAUUCUUUUGUAAAUUUAUGGACAUGAAUAGUCUGGAAUUGGUAGAAUAUUGUGGAUGAAAUUGAACCACAAGCCGAUGUUGACGUUGUUUUGUUAACUUACAAACUAUUAUUCAUGUACACUAUGUUUUCUCGGAGUGGAGGGGAUGGCUAUGAGGAUGGCUGUGAGGGAAGAGUUGAAUCUAUUAUCAGGCCUAGUAAUUUGUGAAACUCUUAAUUCAGUUGGUCAGGGAAAUUUUACAUUUGUCAGAUAAAAGUCAGGGAAUUUCAGAAACCACUGGCUGUGGCAACCAUGUCUGAUGAGAGGUAUUUACACUGUCGGUGUGGGGGUAGAUCUUAUAUUCAAUAAUUUGAAAACAACAACAACAACAAUGACAACAAAUCCAGAAAUACAUGAAGGCUUAGCACACUAACCUGUAACUAUUUCAUUUUUAAAAGUAGUUAAGGGAACAUUUCACAGCAAAGUAUCAAAUUAUUUCUGUUUGUAAAAGAUAUAAAACAGUUGAACCCCGGUUCUUGAACGCUCAGUUUUUUGAAAUUGCCAAUAAUUUGAACCAAACCUGACUACCCUUCACCAUUCAAACAUUGUAACUUUACAUGUACCCCUGAUUUUCAAACCUCCUGAUAAUUAUUGCACCCUUAAAGCCUCAAUAUCCACUUACAAAUUCUCCAAACUGAUCUCCAUACAUUUCCUUAAAGAAUGAGUUGAGAGAAUUUGAUAAAAGAUCAAAGCAUUUUCCCUGAGGUGAUCAUUUUAUUGAUUCUUAUAACCUUUUCUCUUGGACACAUAUUGUUAUUGUGAGGAGAAAGUUGAUGUUGGUCAUUCUUGGGACUUAAAGGAUUAAAUCUAUUUGUUUUGUCCGAGGUGGCUCAAAAAAUCCGGAUUUAAACGUUACAGUGGCAAAUAAUCUAAAUUCCAUACAUAGUCUAGGAGAGAAAAGGUCAAGUAAAAGAAUAGUUUACCGGCACUUAGUUACUGUUAGUUAUUUAAGUUGUUUUACUGAUUGAAUUUUGUUGUUAGGUGUAUGACCAGAUGCCUGAACCACGCUGGGUGAUAUCCAUGGGAAGGUGAGUUGGGUUUUAAGAUCUUGUGUAGGACUUGCUGUGCUAUUACAUGUAAUCUUCACGUGCCUUUUGCAUUUUGGAAAAUUGUUAACAUAUUUAAAAAAAUUCAAUAAUUUAACUUAUUGUACUACUACAUGAGAAAUUUCUGCAAUUUGAUUGGCUUAGAGCAGUGGUAUUUAAGAUUAAUUUGAUUGAUCUAUAUACAUUAUUUUUCUUCAACAGUUCAUUCCUUGCAAGCGAGAUUUUGAUUAAAGAUCAAAGUGUUUUCCCCGUUUUUUAAAUUAAUUCUCAUAAUCGUAUAUUUUGAUGGUAAGUGGAUGUUGGUAGGAGAAAAUUAAUGUUGAUAACUCUUGGGAAGGUUAAUAGCCUGUGACAAAGGGUGCAGUAAAUUAACACAAAAUGAGAAAAUUAAUAACAGGCGUGAAUGAAGAUUAAUUUCAACCACUGUUUUAUCAUCAGCUGUGCAAAUGGUGGCGGCUACUAUCACUACUCCUACUCAGUAGUUCGUGGCUGUGACAGGAUCAUUCCAGUGGAUAUCUAUGUACCAGGCUGUCCUCCUACUGCUGAGGCUCUGCUCUAUGGUGUCUUGCAGCUGCAGAAAAAGAUUCGACGCAGUCAACCCAUCCGCAUGUGGUACCGGAAGUGACGUAAGUGCUUAAGUUGACUCCAUGCUCAAAACUCGAUUCUUGAAACUCGAAGCUUUACGCUGCGACCAUUGCAGAUUCUUGGGUCUGGAGUUUUGUGUUUUGAGAAGCACAUUUUCUACUUGAAAGGCAAAGCGACAAUUAUUUUCGUAUAUGUAGCCUUUCCCACACCAUUUUCAGAAAUUCGCACCGACGAUUAGUGCGUGCGGUACGGUGGCCUUAAAAUUUUUGAAAAACAAGGUGCAUACCUAGUGCAUACCAGGUGGUGUUGUUCUAUAGUUCAUCCAGUCGCUCUUGAAUUCUCUGAACGAUGUUUACUGUCCAUGGAGCAAAGUGUUCGUGCAGUUGAUACAAUUAACUCUCCCUCAAAUGACACAUCUGCAAGACGGUUACCUUCCUUUAUUGUGUCAAUAAGAAAAUGCUUGAUAUGAAUCUGAUUGGUUCUUAACAGCCCAUAUUUGUAGCUAAUUUUGCUGUUGUAACUCCAAAACUGUCCGAUUUGACCUGUCCAAUUACCAGGAGCUUGUAAUCGGACAGGUCACAUAAUCGGACCGUUAAAGAACCAAUGAAAAUCAAGUAGCAAAUGCCACUGGCCAAUGAAAUUUAUUUUAACUAGUUUACAUAGCACAUGAUAACCAGUCAAAAUCAACAAAUCAAUAGUGACCAUGUAAGCUGUCCAGCUUCAACUGGAAAAGAAAAUUGAAUGAAACUAACUGGUGCAACUAACUGAGAUUCUCGCAUUUUGUUAUUGACAUAAUUAGUUGGUAAUAGGACUUCCUGUCGUACAAUUCAGGGCUAAUCAGGCCUUAAUAAUUGUACUGCACUCAGUCCUACUACCACUGCAUAACCGAUACCUAGAGUUUGUGAUAAUUUUUGACUUUCUUUAAGGCGGGCUCUCUAAGAUCUCUAAGAUGAAGGCUUUGUGCCGGUCCCAGAGAGAGUUGCCGAGAAAUGAGCGUUUAAAAGAUAGAGGUCAGAGCCAGAGAUGAAAAUAGUCAUUAGGUCGUAGUUAUGAUUAGGCACCUUUUUUCAGGGUAGGCGUUAAAACUCGCACGUCGUCUGGUGGAAUAGAGGGAAGUUUUUGUGAAUUGUGUGAGUAACAAUUAUGUCAACGUUCGAGUAUACGCCUCAUUCCCAAACUGUUUACAUUUAGCAUCACCUCAAAAUAAUGAAAGGAUGUAUUACCUCUACUCUGCCUUCUCAGUUGACGGUUUCGGUUGGAGCGCGGCGAAGGAAAUUUCUUCGCGUCAAAGGAGUGAAAAUAUCGGACAAAUUCGUGGGUAAAGCAAACGAAACUGGAAACUCGAAAUUGUGUUUCCAUACGAAUGAUUCGCAUAUAUUUUAAUUCUUCCUUUUUACAGUUGUUUUGGUGCAUAAAUAUGUACAGUCGAAGAAGUGCAGGAAUCUUGGUAGAAGUCGUGAUCUUCGCCAUGAGAAGUGUGCGAUAAGCUAAAAUAAAAAUCAGCAUGCGGCUUAUACAUUUGUGACCAUUUCCUUACCCUUGGCAUUCAUUGUAAUGUCAAGGUCCCGUCCCACGCAAACUUGUUUCCAGGUUCCCUCUCUUUUUCUUCAAGGAAGAGAUAGUACCCUGGGCCAUCAAAUUUGACCUCAUUUUUUUUGUUUGUUUGUUUGUCUUACAUAGACAACUUAUGUUCAGCAAUAUUUUGGGAAUUUGAAAGCGGUUAAUCAAAUAUAGUGCCAUUCUGUUUGUAAGAGAAUGUUUUAUGUUGAAAUUAUCGCGUAAAAUAGUUCGGUCUUCACAACCUGAAAACGCUUACAUAGUUUCUUCGGGUCAGUUGUUCUUGUUCCGUUUUCUAGGCUACCAGCAGAACCUAUUUUUUCUUAGUCCGUCGAGCGAAAUGCGGGAGACACAAAAUUGACCACGCGCGUGACUGAAGGGGCGAGCGUGCACUCCCUUUACUAAAUCUGAAGAAAGAGAGAGACAGCAUGUACCUGUUUUAUCCUUUCCCUCUCUCAAAUAACCAACUCUAUCACUCCUGUAGGAAAAAUACCAAAUAACAGUCUGCUACAAGUGAAAACUAAAUUAGGUUAUUCAGAAGUUCUCUUGAAGAUGUUGAAUUUGAAUUGUCCCGCCACGGGAUUUAUAAUGAUGCUGUCUGUAAACUCAAACGUUGUAGCAAAUUUGUUCUGCAAACAUGUGACCGAGUUUGCGGGCGUUAUGCUGGGAUCAAAACUGCUUGUAAAAAUUGCUUACCCUGCUCGAAAACUGGUCGGCAGAAUUGUAGUUUAAAGAAGUUGUGAUAUGUAUAGCAAGCCCUAAACAAAGAAUAAUUGUAAGCUAAUUCCUGUUAUUUCUUUUCAUUUUCUUUUACAGAAAGGACGUUCUGCUUCUUGUUCUUUAUUGAAUCAGCCGAAAUAUUUUCUUUCAUUGUAAAUACAAGUUCCUUGCGUGGAUUUCUUAUGUGAGAGAGAUUAAAACUAAGCUUGAAUGGCUUUGUGAAAUACCGGUAGGGUAAUUUAUCAGUGUUUUUCUUGAUGAUUGUUUAUCUUUGUCGUAACGGGUCAAAACAGGGUUAUUUUUUUGAUAUUAAUAAGACACGGAACGCUGUAUCAGAAUAUUGCAUUUUACGUGUAUGACAUUGGCAGUCAAAAGUUUUUUUAUCUGUGCUAUCUGUUAUGUAUUAAUCAAGCAAACUAAAAAAUAAAAACAUUUUUCAAAAUACACAGUAUUUUCCUGAUCAGCAAUUUAUUUUUUUAAAAACUCUUGUGUGCUCUUGCAAAGCUGAAUGGGGUUUUCCUGUCACGUUUUGGCCCUCAAUUUCUGUCUUUGUUUUAUACUGCUUCAGCGUCAUCUCCCUCGUGAAU